AUGGCUUCAGCUGAAGAUGAUUAUAUCUGUCCUGUUUGCUGUGAAAUCUUCAAGGCUCCUGUUCUUCUAUCAUGUAGUCACAGUUUCUGUAAAGAGUGUCUUCAACAGUUCUGGAGAAUCAAGGAGACUCAGGAGUGUCCUGUCUGCAGAAGAUCUUCAAAAGGAGAUCAUCCAUGUAACCUUGUGUUAAAAAACUUGUGUGAGUCGUUUCUGAAGGAGAGAAAGGAGCAGUGUUCAGGAUCUGAGGAGAUCUGCAGUUUACACAGUGAGAAACUCAAACUCUUCUGUCUGGAGGACAAACAGCCGGUGUGUGUGGUGUGCAGAGAUUCACAACAACACGACAAUCAUAAAUUCAGACCCAUCAGUGAAGCGGUUUCAUCAUUUAAGGAGGAGCUCAUUACAGCUCUGAAAUCAUUACAAGAGAAACUGAAACACAAUGAAACAGUAAAAGGAGAGUUUGAGAAAACAGUUCGACAUAUCAAGUCUCAAGCUGAGCACACAGAGCGUCAGAUUAAACAGCAGUUUGAGAAGCUUCAUCAGUUUCUCAGAGAUGAAGAAGAAGCUACAAUCACUGCACUGAGAGAGGAAGAGGAGCAGAAGAAGCAGAUGAUGAAGGAGAAGCUGGAGGAGAUGAACAGACACAUCUCAGCUCUUUCACACACAAUCAAAGACACGGAGGAGAUGAUGAACGCCAGUGACGUCUGCUUUCUGAAGGAGUUUCCAGUCUCGAUGGAAAGAGUCCAGAUCUCAUCACAGCCGGAUCCACAGACUCCUUCUGGAGCUUUGAUUCAUGUGCCGCGUUACUUGGGAAACCUGUCCUUCAGAGUCUGGAAGAAGAUGCAGGACAUCGUCCAGAACACUCCUGUGAUUCUGGAUCCAAACACUGCAAAUCCAUGGCUUGUCCUGUCUGAUGAUCUGACCAGUGUGAGAAAUUGCAGGAACAAACAACCUCUUCCUGAUAAUCCUGAGAGAUUUGACUUCUAUCCCUGUGUUCUGGGUUCAGAGGGGUUUAACUCAGGAACACACUGCUGGGAUGUGGAGGUUAAAGAGAGUCAACGCUGGUGUCUUGGAGUAACUACAGCAUCAAACCGGAGGAAGGGAUGUGAUUUCUUCAACACUGAUGUCUGGAGUGUGGAGUUUCAUCUGUCAGGACGGUAUUUAGGUUCUGGUUUCUGGGUUAAACGGAAGCUUGAUCAUGUGAGAGUGAAUCUGGACUAUGGUAGAGGAAGAGUGUCAUUCUCUGAUCCUGUAACUAACACACAUCUACACACAUUCACAGCCUCCUUCACUCACACACUCUUCCCAUUCUUCUAUUGUUUUGACUCUCUUAGGAUCUUACCCUGCAAUAGUCAGUGAACGUUACUGUGACGAGUGGGGCGGGGGCGGGGUCGAGAGCGAUUUUAUGAUAAAUAAAGCUGACUUUGUAGCAUUUAUUUGUGCUGUGCUAAAUGGUACUUCACAGGCAGAAAGGACGUCAGUGAAGAUAAAGAUUAUCGUAGGAUAUGCAUUUCUAAAGUUAGCUGGAGUUACAGCUGAGAAAGUCCAUGGGAUUUUGAAAGCAAAGGAUGGAACGCCUGCUUUGCAUAUGACAGAUUAAUAAUAGUUUUAUAACGUCUUUCCUGCUACUACAUUGGAAUGCCAGGAGCGUAAUAGCAAGAGGGCAAGAAUUUUAGAAACGCAUGUAACAUCUGCUUUGGAUCAUGUAAAAUCAUUGGGGCUUUAUAUCUUGGAGAUUCUUUUAGCCUUUUGACAUUUGCAUAUAAAUUACAGAAUCUGGCCUCAUUGUAUACAUUUAUAUAAGUGCUUAAUGCCAACUCUCAGGUCUCCCCAUCCGACUUCAAACACAUUCCGAGAUAACUAGAUAGCCCUCAAUGCCAGACACCAAAGGGGCCUGGAUGACCAGCCAACUCACAGUCUCACAAUACACGACACACAUUUGUAUCAGUUAGACUCUCAAUGCUUACAUUCAGGUAUAAGAGUGUAUCUCUGCUUUAUGAUCUUCUACAUUUUUCGUCCUUGGUAUCAAAAUGAUCUGCUAUUUAUUUCUCAAACAAUUAUGUACACUCUGUGAUCCUAAAAUGCAUCAUAUUAUUUGUACCAUAGUUUGGGUUACUAGUUAACUAGUUGAUCACGCCAGUCAUAAAACAUGCAAAUGAGGUGUCAAUGGGACAAAGAAAAAACUAUAUAUAUAA